AGAUUGUCAGAAAAAAAAAAUUGAUUUAGAUUAAAAUUGACAUCGAAUUAAAUUUAGUCAAACUAUAAUUAUUUGUUUAUUUUUUUUAAAAAAUAAGAUAAAUUAAAAUUGUAAAUUAUUAAAUUUAAUCAAAAUUAAAAUUAAAAUCGAACUGAAAACUAAAAUGAAAACCCUAAGAGAUCGAUUUUUAUCCCUAUGCCUUCAAUCCAUUGGCGAGCCCUUUUCAUGAAAAUACCCGGAGAAUCUUCAAGGAUUCCAAAAUACAGAAAAAUAUGCGAUGUAAUAAAGUAACAGAGUAUAAAAGGCAAAUAAAGGAGAGGGGAAAAGGAAAGGGAAAGCCAUCACUGUCAAGCGGAGGCUGCGGAGCUCAGCUCAAAUUUUACUUCCAAUGAGGGCUCCAAAGGCGGUCCUUAUAUUAUCGUAACAACCCAGGCAGUAACAUCAAGACAUUGUCUUUUUAUCUCCCUGGUGCUGAGCCGCGGAAAGCAGCUGAUAGUGAAUUGAGGACAGAGAUGGCCCAUGGUGGCUACGGGAAGCGCAGGGUUGCCGAACGGAAGCCUCAUGUGGGGCGUCGAUCCAAAGGAAUAGGUGUAGAGAAGAAGCCGAAGCCCAAGUCUGUGUCUCUUAAGAAUCAGAUUCGCUCUAUAGAGCGCAUGCUCCGCAAGGAACUUCCUCAUGAAGUCAGAGAGGCUCAAGAAAAAAAGUUAGAAGGGCUUCAGAAACAACAAGAGAUUCAUACACGUCUGGCAUUGGAACGCAAAAUAUUCUUGAGAGAUAGGAAGAUAAAAUUUUUUGAGAGAAGAAAGAUAGAAAGAAGAAUACGCCGCCUCGAGAAACUGCAACGUGCUUCAUCUGUUCAGGCACAGGAUACAGAGAUUUCUGUACAGCUCUCUAAAUUGAAAGAAGAUCUUGAAUAUGUUAGGUUUUUUCCCAAGACUGAGAAAUAUGUAGCUUUGUUUACUGGAAAUGAUGAUUCGGACAUAGUUGAUCGGAGAAAUGGAUUGCGUAAACAGAUUAAAGCCAACUUAGUUGCUGCUGCAGCUAGUGGGAAGGAUUUGGAAGAGACAGCUAGUGAGGAUGAUGGACUUUUGGAUUUGAGUGAAGAUGAUUUUUUCUUAGCUGGAACUUCAAGUGAUGAAGCAGAGGCAGAUGAUGAAUGGACUGAUAGAAGUACAAGGGAACCUGCUUCUAGUACUUCUGGAAAAGCUGCAUCUGGUAUGUCCAGUGAUGAAAAGAACCAGAGGCAGAUGUCUGCUAGAGCUCUCAUGCCUCCUCCUCGGCCUCCAAAUAACUCUGUGUCAAAUUCAGUGCAUGCUCAAUCAAGGUUUGGAGCUUCAUCAAGUAAAAAUUCAUGUAUGCAGAGGUCUGAAAUUUCUGCAUCCAGCAAUGCAUCAGGUAGCAUAAGCAGAUCUUCUUCUAAAUUGGGUGGGUCUUCAGAUAGAAGGACAGGCCAUAGCAGUAAUCUAAGUUCUAAUUCUGAUGCUCACAAGCCCCGAAGGAAGAGGAGGCCAAAGAAGAAAAAGCAACAGGCAUGAAUUCGAUGAACUCAACGUUAUGUAACUUCAGUAUAACAGAUUGAAAUGUAUUAUCAGAAGACAGUUAUACAAUUUUUAUGGUUCUGUUUUGACUGUCAAGCACUUUUAUCAUUUUAUGUGGGUAGAUAGUCAAAAGUCUGUACUUACUGCUAUCUGGAACUAUCAUCUCAACAAAUUCCUAUAAAGGUGCUGGGUUUAUCUGAGAA